AUGGCCGACUCGCCCCCCGGCAUCACCGCUGCUCCUCACGAGGACAACCUCCGUUACUUUGACGUCACAAUAGCCGGCCCAGGGCAGAGCCCGUACGAGGGCGGCAUCUUCAAGCUCGAGCUCUUCCUUCCCGAGGAGUACCCCAUGAACCCUCCCAAGGUCCGCUUCCUGACCAAGAUCUACCACCCCAACAUUGACAAGCUCGGCCGUAUCUGUCUGGAUAUUCUCAAGGACAAGUGGUCGCCCGCCCUCCAGAUCCGCACUGUCCUUCUCUCGAUCCAGGCCCUCCUCGGCGCUCCCAACCCCGAUGACCCCCUCGCCAACGACGUCGCGCAGGCGUGGAAGGAGGAUGAGAAGGCUGCCAUUGCCGAGGCCAGGCAGUGGACUCUGAAGUGGGCCCAGUAA